CAGGUCUACCAUGCCUGUGCCAUGCAGAUCGUCAAGGAUGUGCUCGCUGGGUAUAAUGGCACCAUCUUCGCCUACGGGCAGACAUCAUCGGGCAAGACCCACACCAUGGAGGGCAAGCUGCACGACCCCCAGCAGAUGGGCAUCAUCCCACGCAUCGCCCAGGACAUCUUCAACCACAUCUACUCCAUGGACGAAAACCUUGAGUUCCACAUCAAGGUUUCUUACUUUGAAAUUUAUCUGGACAAGAUCCGGGACCUGCUGGACAUGACCAAGACCAACCUGUCGGUGCACGAGGACAAGAACCGGGUUCCCUAUGUCAAGGGCUGCACCGAGCGCUUCGUCUCCAGCCCCGAGGAGAUCCUGGACGUGAUCGAUGAGGGGAAAUCCAACCGGCACGUGGCUGUCACCAGUGAGCGCCCUGGGGACACGGGGACGCGGGGCACUGGGCGAUGGGGGGGCAGUGAUGUGCAG